UACUUACUAAACUUGACUAGAGAAGGGGGAAGAGAAAGGGUCUUUAAACAGAACCGUGGGAAUAACAACAGAGCCUACAUUUCUUUUACAUUAACUCACAUUCUGGACAGCAGGAGAGAGGCUACUUCAUCUAGAGCUAAAAUCAUCUGGCACUUAAUCAUCUUCAGACAUUUUUAUGUUUUCAUACUUAUAAGCUUGUCAUGCCUGACUACCGAGUUUCUUCUUACUUUCCCCCAGUGGUGUGCACUAACUAAGAAGAAAUUUUGAGAUGCCAGGGCAUAUGUGCCACUUUUUCAAUUCAAUAACCCGGCUGCUCCAUCCCUGGCUCCUGUCACUGAGGAGUGCAGUGUGAGAGCAGAUUGGAGGCUGCCAAACCUGGGGGGCAUAGGAUGCCAUUGCUCAUUAUUCACUUUCCUAGGGAGGCUCUGAUGGCCCUGUGUGCAAACACAGAAAGACUCUGAUGCCUCCUCAACCACAGUUUAGCUUUCCUCUGCACUUGCGAGAGGUUUGCAGGGUGCACUUAUUUCGGCAUGGGGUUGAUUGGAUGGCUUUUGUGGUGCAGAAUAUGACUGUGACUCCAUCCUGAAACUUAAUGCCUUUUUCAGUUUGAUUGUCUACACGGAGAUCAGGGUGAUAAGUUUCAAUAAACAUAUAGACAUCCCCCGCCCCCCUCGCAACUCCCAUUAGCUAGAAAAGACCAGGACUGGGUUGCUUUGAAUGAACCAAGUUUAACCAACAAACAAGACAGCCAUUUGUUCACUCAGAUCUAGCCUCACAAGUGCACCUUGAGAUCCUCCAUAUGUCUGUCAACAGCGAUAGCCAGGAUCUGUGCCCAGCUCAUGCUGCAUUCUAAAAACUCUCAUUUCAUUUGCAUAUAACAUUCAUUACAGGAAGUAAUUAACUGAAGGAACAGCGUCAUCAAAGGCUCAAGGAGAAUAGAAACCGCCAUCAUGAUUAUCUACUGGGACCUCAUCAACGACGAUGAGAUGUUCUUCGACAGCUACAAGAUCUGGGAGAUCACAGACGGGCUGUGCCUGGAGGUGGAGGGGAAGAUAGUCAGUAGGACAGAAGGUUACAUUUUUGACUUGCUCAUUGGUAGAAAUGCCUCCGCUGAAGGCCCUGGGGGCAAAGGUACCGAAAGCACAGUAAUCACUGGUGUCAAUAUUGUCAUGAAUCAUCACCCGCAAGAAACAAGCUUCACAAAAGAAGCCUACAAUAAGUGCAUCAAAGAUUACAUGAAAUCAAUCAAAGGCAAACUGGAAGAACAAAGACCAAAAAGAGUAAAACCUUUUAUGACAGGGGCUGCAGAACAAAUCAAGCACAUCCUUGCUAAUUUCAAAAACUAUGAGAAAACAUGAAUCCAGAUGGUUGCUCUGUGGACUACCAUGAGGAUGGUGUGACCCAAUAUAUGAUUUUCUUUAAGGAUGGCUUAGAAAUGGAAAAAUGUUAACAAAUUUGGCAAUUACUUUGGAUCUAUCACCUGUCAUCAUAACUGGCUUCUGUUUGUCAUCCACACAACACCAGGACUUAA